AUGGUUUCCCAAUUAUGCUGGGGCUGCCUUUCGACAACGGGGCUUCGCCAAACAUCGCGAGCCCUGUUGCAUCCUCCUUCUGCAGCUCAGCAAUAUCGUCAAUUGACCGCACGAACGACCACCUCCCUCUUCCACACGAGCGCAACUCGAUAUGCGAACCCUUUACAAAAGAAAUCACGAAGCAUGGAAGGCGCACCGAAAUUCCGUGAAUCCAAGUCCGCACGUAUGCGAAAGCCGAAAAAAGCGACGGUAGACCGUGGCCGUCCACCGGCUGUCGGAGAACGGAAAGCGCUUAGAAAGAGAAUCGUGUUGAGUAAUACCAACGCUUUAGAGGUUCCUGGUAUGCAGGAAUUUUCGGAGGAGACAAUGGUUGAUUCUCGAAUUCGCGGGUCGGUGCUCGGCUUGCCUGUGCCUAUGAUUACGCAGCUGAGGGCUCUUCAGGCAUUCAAGCCUUCUCAGAACUGGUCGCUUUUCCGUCGACCUGGUGUCGUCUUGAGACGUGAGACGUUGGAGAUGGGAAGAAUCUUUGAGGAGAUUUCUACCCAGGGUCCGGAUCAGGGGAAAGUAGUCAAGAAGAUUAUUACAGGGAAAAGAUCAUCUGGAAAGAGUGUGCAUUUGCUGCAGGCAAUGGCUAUGGGACUUUUGAAGAAAUGGGUUGUGAUUUCUAUUCCUGAUCCCCAGGAAUUGGUCAUUGCUCAAACGACAUAUGCACCUCUCCCCGACACGAAUCCAGUGCAGUACGUCCAAGAACAAGCAACAUCCGAGCUCCUCCAGCGUACCAUCCUCGCCAAUGAAGAAGUCCUAUCAAAACUGAACGUGUCCAUGGAACAUCCCGAGCUCAAAUCACUCGUCCGACCAAAGAUGACACUGGCCGAACUCGCUCGGUUGGGCGUUCAGGACGUCGCAAUUGCCUGGCUUGUAUGGCAAGCUCUCUGGGCCGAACUCAAUGCAACUGCUCCAAAGACUGCGGCGAAGGCAGACGACAAGAAGAAACCAUCAUUCCAAGAUCGCCCCCCUCUCCUAGUCACAGUCGAUGGUCUAAGCCACUGGAUGCAAGACUCCAAAUACCGCAACGCAGAGUUCAAGCCCAUCCACGCCCACGACCUCGUCUUGGUCAAACAUUUUAUUUCCUUGUUAACCCCGCAAUCCACCAAGCCCUCAAUGCCCAACGGCGGAGUUUUGCUUUAUGCAACCUCGGGCUCAAAUAGCCCCGCCGUUCCUACUCUUGAGAUCGCACUAGCCCAACUCAAAGCUCGUCAAGAAGGGGUCGCGGAGUCCUCCGCCGAGUUCCCGCAAGCAGAUCCAUAUGCGGAGGUCGACAAUCGUGUUUUGGAUCUUUUCAAGCAGGCAUCUACUACUACUACCAAGUCCUCGUCGCCACUUGAACUGCAAACUCUCGGCGGUCUAAGUCGCGAUGAAGCGCGCGGAUUCAUGGAGUACUUCGCGCGAAGCGGCAUCUUGCAAGAAAAGAUUACUGAGGAAUGGGUCAGUGAGAAAUGGAGUAUUGCCGGUGGUGGAAUUAUUGGUGAAAUGGAGAAGUUGGGUAAGAGGUUGAGGACCGCUUUGUAA